AUGAGCAAGCUUCUACCCGUCGGAGACUACGGUCGUCGUAUGCUGCCAUGCAUCAUUGAUGAAAAGGCCAGAAAGACUCCCGAUACUGUCAUCUACUCCGUCGCGAAGACGAGGAACCCUGCCGACGGCUUUAUCGACAUCACGGCAAAGUGUUAUGCCAAUGCUGUGAACCGCUGUGCCAGGCAUCUGGAGAAGAACCUCGGCCGCCAGGAGGGCUUCCCUACCCUGUCGUACAUGGGCCCUCAGGAUCUCGUCUACUGCAUCGUCAUCCCUGCCGCCAUCAAGGCUGGAUACAAGCCCCUCUUGUCGUCGCCUCGAAACAGCGUUGAGGCUCAUCUGUCACUGCUGGAGAAGACAAAGUGCGACAAUCUUCUCUUACCUCCCACCUUCGCCAUCCCUGCCAUCAAGGAAAUCGUUGCUGCCAGGAACACGCGAAUCAUUGACAUGCCCGGCCUGCGUCACUGGAUCGACGAUAACGACGACGAGGAGCCUUACCCCUUCGACAAGACGUUUGACGAGGCCAAGGACGACCCGAUAACCAUCUUCCAUACGUCUGGUACCACUGGUCUCCCCAAGCCCAUCACCCACACCCACAAGUCUAUAGCAGCCACCGAUGCCUUCAACUCCCUCCCCGAACUUGGAAUAGACAGGGUCAUACCUACUUCGCUCACGGGAUUGCGAGUCUAUGUCGCCUUUCCCCUUUUCCACCUCGCUGGAUACUUCCUGGCUUUCCUAGGCCCACUGUUGUGCGAUUACACUGUAAUCCUGGGUCCCUACCCGCCGUCUCCCUCAGUCAUGCAUAGCGUGCAUAUCAACGCCAAUGUCACCGCUGGCGUCUACCCUCCAUCGGCGUUGGUGGAACUGUCUAAUGUCCCCGAGUACCUCGGGGACUUUUCUAGCAUGGAGGUUGUUGCCUUCGGAGGUGGACCUCUGCCCCGGGAUGUUGGCGAUCGUAUCCGUACCAGCACCAAGGCCAAGCUGUAUAGCUGUAUCGGCAGCACCGAAGCCGGCCUCCUCGGUAUGCAGACGGUUGACCAGGACGAUUGGUCAUACAUGAGCGUGUGUCCCGUUAUGAAGCACGAGUUCCGCCCCAUCUCCGACAAACUGUAUGAGUUCGUCAUUCUUCGUGACCCAGAGCUUGAAGUCUACCAGGCCAUCUUUUCUGUCUUCCCCCAUCUUCAGGAGUACCCUAUGGGCGACCUCUAUGAGAAGCACCCCACAAAGGAAAACCUCUGGAUCUACCGCGGCCGCAACGACGACAUCAUCGUCUACCAGACUGGCGAAAAGGUCAACCCUGUUGACAUGGAGGGCAUUGUCGCCUCUCAUCCACUCCUGAAGGGCGCUCUGGUCAUCGGACAAGGGCAGUUCCAAUCUAGUCUCUUGGUUGAGCCCGCCGAGUAUCCAGUCACCGAGGCCGAAAAGGAGACCCUGAUUAGCGAAAUCUGGCCACGGGUUGAACAAGCCAACGCGAUUGCCCCCUCGCAUGCCCGUAUUCAUCAGCACAUGAUCAUGGUCACAACGCCCGACAAGCCUCUCCCCAGAGUCGCAAAGGGCACUGUCAGGCGCAGGCCGACGACGGAGUUGUACGAGACCGAGAUCAGAGCUCUGUACGCGUCGACUGCCGCCAUAAAUGGCAAUGAUUCCAAGAAGGUCAAUGGACACACAAACGGCCGCACAAACGGCCGCACAAACGGUCACAGCGGCCCGGCGACGGCACCCGAGAUUGUCCAGGAUGCUAUUGAGACAUGCACCGACUUCAAGUGUGCCGAAAUCAAGCCCGAUGCCGACCUGUUCGAGCUAGGUCUCGACUCACUUCAAAUAUCUGAGAUGACGAAGCUUAUAAACGAGACGUUGAAGGAGCAAGGCAUCUUUGCCGCUCUUGAGCCUGCCACGUUGUACGCCAACCCAACUCUGGCUGCGCUGACGGCAGCCAUCCAGAACAUGCUCAAAGGCGAGGAUGCGGGUAGAAAAGAUGGAAGGGAGAGGGCCCUGGAAUUGUUGGAGGAUUUUACGGCCGACCUUCCUCUAUCUGGAAGGGCCCAGAAAUCCAAGCCCGAAAAUGCCCUCGUCGUGCUCCUUACUGGAUCCACCGGAUCUCUCGGUUCGUACAUACUCGAUACGCUCAUCAAGGACAAGCGCGUCGCUCGAAUCUACUGCCUCAACCGUGGCCCCGGAAGCGCCAAGCGUCAGAAGAAUGCCCUCAUCGAGAGGGAUCUCCAGACUGCCGACUUGUCCAAAGCCGAGUUCCUCGACGCCAACCUUGCGCAGCCCUACUUUGGUCUCUCGCGUGGUGUAUACAGGCGCCUGCUCGGCGAGGUGACCAACAUCAUCCACAACGCCUGGAAGCUUGACUUCAACCACCCAGUCGAUUCUUUCUCGUCCAACAUCAAGUCAGUGCGCAGGUUUGUCGAUUUUUCCGUCAACUCCACAUACGGGGCCCAGAUCUACUUCAUCUCCAGCAUCAGUACCGCCAUGGGCAGGACGGGACUUGUCCCCGAGGAGCCUUCCGAUGAUGUCAAGUCGCCUCACGCUGCCGGGUACGGCCAGUCCAAAUUUGUGAGUGAGCGCAUUCUCGACAUCGCGGCCAAGGAGGCGGGCGUGCCGGCCUACUUCUGCCGCGUGGGACAGAUUGCUGGACCCACGACCAAGGCAGGCAUCUGGCCCGAGAAAGAGUGGGUUCCCAGCAUGGUCCGCAGCUCCAAGUUCCUUGGGAAGAUCCCCGAGACGCUCGGGGGCGUCGACCUUGUGGACUGGGUACCUGUUGACCUGCUAGGACGGGCUAUUGUCGAGCUGGCCACGGGCCCCGACAGCAGCAAGGAGGGGGCCGUUGCCCACCAUGCCGUGAACUCUAAGACGACCACUUGGCGCGAGCUCGCCCCUAUUGUGCAAAAGGCCAUCAGCACGAAGGACAAGCCCGUUCAACUCGUCCCGUAUGCCGAGUGGGUCAAGACGGUCCGUGACAGCGUUAGCACGACCGACAUGACCUUGAACCCGGCUGCCAAGCUGGCCGACUUUUUCCAGUCUCUCUCUUACGAGGUAGAGGACCCCAUGACCCUGGACAUGACCAAGACUUGCGCCGCCUCCAAAACGCUCUCUAACCUCGAGGCUGUCAAGGAUGAGUGGAUGAUCAACUGGGUCAGACAGUGGGGUCUCGAUGAAGAUGCCUAG